GCCGAACAUACUCAGAACCAACCACCUUGAAAGAUAUCAUAAGAAUACGAAAAAUAAAGACGGGUAUUUGCCUGCAGCUUAUAAUAUAAAUCUUUUAAAACGGUCACAAACGAAAGCGCUUUCAGAAGUUGGAGUGAGUAAUGAGGUUAAAAGAUAUCAAUAAGAGCGCAACAUUAGCGUGGUCCCCACGAGGAGUAAAUGAUAAUCAGCCUUUACUUGCCAUAGGUGGUUAUAUAGGUACCGAAAAUGCCAGAGAAAGUGACAAUCUUUUGGAAAUUUGGGAUACUUCAUCAGAAUCCAAUAAGCCAAUUGGUUCUACAAACGUUAAUACCAAGUUUUAUGAUCUCGACUGGGAAAAAUCGUUAGAUAAACAAUACGGUGUCAUUGCCGGAACUUUAGAGGAAGGCGGUAUUGGUUUUUACGACGCCUCUGCCAUUUUGGAUUCUAAUGAGAACGCUGCUUCUAUAGCAACAUAUAAAUCUGAGAACAAUUCUAUCCUGGGUCCUUUAGAUUUUAAUCCAGUACAAACCAAUCUUUUAGCAUCUGGUGAUAAUAAUGGUGACGUUUGGGUUUGGGACAUUAAAAAUCCUUCGAAGCCUUUUUCCUUGCCUAAACAAAACCGUUCUUCCGAAAUCCAUGUGGUUGCCUGGAAUAGCAAGGUAUCUCAUAUUCUUGCUUCGAGUAAUUCUUCCGAGUAUACCACUGUGUGGGAUCUUAAAGCCAAGCGACAAAUCCUUAAUCUUUCUUAUAUGGGUGCUACUGGUACAAGUGCUACAGGGGGAGUCAAUAGUAUUGCCUGGCACCCUGAAAAUGCCACUCGUCUUGUAACCGCUAUUGAUGAUAACAGAAACCCUAUCAUCUUGACUUGGGAUUUACGCUAUCCUACAACACCUCAGAAUGUUCUCACAGGUCAUCAAAAAGCUGCCCUUUCACUAUCUUGGUGUCCUCAAGAUCCCAGAUUUUUGCUCAGUAGUGGUAAAGAUGGCCGUGCUAUUGUUUGGGAUGUAGAUAGCGGCGAAUCUUUAGGAAACUUCCCUCGUUCUGGAAACUGGUAUACUAAAGGUUCUUGGUGUCCUUCGAAUUCCAAUCGCGUUGCGACGGCUUCUUUAGACGGCAAAGUCUCUAUCUUCUCUAUCCAGAGCACCAAUACUGAUAAAUCCCAUGAAGCUUCUUUGCAAGGCGUUACUUCUAUAGAUGACAACGAAUUCUUCAACAAUCUUCCCUCAAUAGCUGGUUCUCAGGAACCUGCCUUCUCUUUACCUGUUGCUCCCAAGUGGUAUAAAGUUCCUUGUGGCGUUCGCUUUGGAUUUCCUAAUAAACUCAUUCAUUUUUCUCCUGACUCUAAAAACGUCGUUAUAGAGCCUAUAGAAAUUCAAAAGGAUGAAGAGCCUAUAGAUAAUUUUUCUUCUACUACUAAGUUUCAGACGGAGAAUGACAUCGUCGCUUUCUGUGAUUCUGGCGCCAAAUCUGCGAAAACCGAAGAAGAAGCAAAUAACUGGAAACUUCUUAAAGCAGUCAGUCAGCGUGUAUCUAGGAGUGAAUUUGUUAAACUUUUAGGUCAUGGAAAUAUAAAGGAGAUGCAUAAGGAAGACAGCACCACAGAAUUCGAUGAGAAUAUAAAAGCAUCUAGCAACGCUAAUGACACAUCGAAGAAUCUUAAUAAUGAGAGUUAUGAUGAUGAUACCUCUUUUUAUGGUAAACUUUCUGACAGCUUGCAGAAUACUACAGUUUCUGAUAAGAAUAAAGUAGAAGUCUCAAAUGACCCCUUUAAGAUUUUUAACUCUGAAGAUUCAGAGCUGGAAACUAAUAUUACAAAAAUGCUACUUACAGGUGAUGUAUUAUCCGCUAUCAAAACCUGUAUAAAUGAUAAGAAAAUUUCUGAAGCUCUCUUCCUAGCUACUUUCGGCGAUGAAGAAUGCCGCAAGUGUGUUAGGACAGCAUUUUACGAAAUGCAAGAGCAUAAGCCAUCUUAUAUGCGUCUUUCUGCCUGCAUUGCUGAUAAUGACUUAGAAAAUGCGGUGCAAAAUGCAGAUCUUAGUCAAUGGAAAGAUAUUUUUGUUUUUAUCUGCACUUAUGCCACUAAUGAAGCAUUCUCUCCUCUAUGUGGUGUCCUUGGAAAACGGUUAGAAAAUCUCGACGACUUUAGCUCUAAUCGUGCAGCAGAAUUUUGCUACAUUGCCAGUAAAUCUUUACAAAGUUAUGCGAAUCUUUGGCUUAAAGAACUUGCUAAUUGUGGUACUGAUGAUGAUUCGAAGUCUUCUUAUGUCGGAUAUGUUGGUCAACUCACCAAACUUAUGGAUAAAGUUAAUGCGUUCCGUUCAAUUGUCGCAUAUGAAGACGAUGAAUUGUCUGCAACUAAAGACUGGAAAUUAGGUGGCCUUUACGAAGUUUAUCUUGAAUAUUCAAGGAUUUUGCUUUCGGCUGGUCACUAUGAGCAAGCUAGAAGUUAUUUGAACCUCGUUCCUGGUGCGUUCCCCGGGGCCAAACAAGAAAUCGAAAGAUUAUCAAUUCUUCUUACGCCUGCCCCAAUUCCUGAAGUUAAAAGGUCCACUUAUGGUCCUGCUGGAAGCGGCCAACACCCUAUUUCCUCGUUUGUUCCUCAACCAAUUCAGUCGGUUACUAAUCUUAGUAAUCCUUAUACUUCUGCAUACUCGACGAACGUUUCACACGUUGCUGCUCCACCUUCCGUGUCCUCUCCUAUUCCACCAUCUGUAGUAUCUAAUAAUGCUGCAGCUGGCUGGAAUGAUCCUCCAAUUGUUAAUCAACCACCUUUGAGACGUGCAGCUCCCUCAUUGCCUGCUGUAAGAUCACCGUUCCCUAAUGCUGGAGCAACUUUGCCUCCUAAUAUGUCACGAACUAGUAGUACCAGUACACUACCACCACCACCUUCUGUAGGUUCGACUGCAGCCGCUCCUCCUCCACCAAAAGUUGGUGAAGUACAUCAGCCACAAGUACAAACCGCAAGUCAGCCUUUGGUGAAUCAAAGCCAAAGACCAGCUAAUCCUUACACGCCAAUUGGGGCCCAGUCGCCCGCAAGGACAUUCUCUGGUCUUUCUUCUCCUGCAGAUACACAAAGUAGCAACGCUUAUGUGCCUUUAGGUGGUCCUACUCGAACAUCCGCUAUUUCUCCUCCUAUUCAACCGACGGUUCCAUUCAGUACUGCUGUACCACCUCCAAAAGCUUCGGCUAACAGAGUAGUUCCGGUUCCCCCUACUCCUAGCCAACGUAUUUCUUCAUAUGAACCUGUUAAUGUUGGUUUUACCCAAUCACCACCUACGACAAUGCCUCCCUUAAGUGCUCAGGCACCUCCUAGUUCUAUGAAUAGCACUUUUCCAUUACCCCCUAUGGCGUCAGGCUCGAUUGUCUCUCCUCCACCACAAAACCUUUCAACAAAGAGACAGUCAGUUGCUGGACCCUCGGGUGGCGCUGCUGGAAUGACUACAUAUCCUCAAGGUGAUCGCACUCAUAUUCCACCUAAUUUGAGACCAAUAUAUGAAAUGCUUAACGCUGAAUUCUUGCGCGUUUCACAGAGUGUUCCUCCACAAAUGUCACGCGUAUUAUAUGAUAUGGAGAAGCGACUUAACGUGCUGUAUGACCGACUCAACGCAAAUGCCAUUUCAAAACCUUUGAUUGAUGAACUUUAUGCGCUGGCUGUUGCAUUGACGAAUCGUGAUUAUCAAACAGCGUCUAACAUUCAGGUUACUAUGGUUACUACCCUUCAAGACCAAUGUGAGCUCUGGAUCGUUGGAAUUACCAGACUUAUUACGAUAAGUAAAUCUACAGCUUAACAGUGAUACUACAUUCUUGAAAUUCAUAUAUUGAAUAUUUUUUAUUAUUAAAUGAUGUAAGACCGUUUUUGUGAGAUUUUAUAGUGAUGAUACUACUUGUGAUUAUUGAGCACUGUUUACAGGUUAAUAUUAGAAUGAAAAGCUUCAUUAUUUAAGUAAGCAACUGAUGCUAGUAUCAUGUAGAAUGUAAUGAAACUAUUUAAUUGCGAUGAAAUAGUUAAACCUCUGUUAACAACAACAACUGAGAAUGAAUGAGAUAAACUGUGGAAACCACUGUGACCACUAUUGAAUGUGAAAUAAUAUCAUAUAUCAUCAAAUGCUGCUGUUUAUUCUUAGUUUUGUCAUUAAUGAUUUGCAAAUUUGCUCAUUCUUGAACAGUAUUUGUUUAGCCUUUAGAAAAUCCUUCAGAAGUAGAGCGAUUAAUCUUAACCGGUGAUGAAGUAUCGUAUACCAUCAACUUUGAGUAAGCUUGACAACUGAUUGAUCUCGAAGUUCGGAAGCCUUGAGCACCAUAAUUUUGACGAACGGGUCUAGGAAUUAAACUAUGAUUAAUACCUAUGAUUUUGAGGCUCGGUGUAUCAACAUCUUUUGAGCCAUCAAUAACGUUGUUGAAGUCAGAAGAAAGCUUGAAGUUGCUGCUAGAUGUUAAAUUCAAUGUGAGUGGAGCCUUAUUCAGCUGAUUGUCAUAGGAAAGAGCGGCUUUAGGCGAACUCAACUCUUCACCAGCUCGGUUUUCAAUUCUUUUAGGUAUAGGAUUAAUAAUUUUCUGAGACUUAGCAGGAAGGCUAUCAUUCAAAACUCCAGGUACAACUUGCAAAUUAGAGUGAGUUGCUUUUUGAGGCAUCAAAUGAGAAGAAGACUGAUGUUCAUAAGACGGCAAUAAGCAGUUUUCAACAAGCUCAUAAGACAACGCUUCAGGAUGUUUUACUUCGGAAGGACUCUCAUUUGAGUUCAUUUUUUCACUCAGUAAAGGAUGAGACGGAUGAUCUACUUUCUCAUCACUAUAUAGCUUUAUUGGUUUUCGAGGAAGAUGAGACGGUGGAGCAUCAGGUAAUGCAUUUUUCACUGCAUUUGUAAAGCUAGAUAAGUUCUUUUUGAACCAGCUGACCCUUUUUUCUUGCUUUUUGUCUAGGAUAGGUUUUACAGAUGCAGCAUUCUUCAAGCUUACAGGUUUGGUCAGUUUUUCUGAUUUUAGCUUUACUUCGUGUUGACUGCUUGGCAGUUCAGGAACUUUGGGAAAGUAUCUCUCUUUGCAUAAUAUUGCAGUGGGGCGAACAAACGGAUCCCAUGCUAAGAGUAGCGCGAUCAUUUCAGCAUACUUGUCUUCACAGCUUACUGGAAGUAAUUUCCUUAUUGGAUAUGGCUUCGUCACAGAAAAGGAGAAUCCAAGCUUAGCAGCUAAAUCUCUAGCAGAGGGCCAGUAGUGCAGUUUGUCUUUGUCAUCCAAGAGAGGGUUUCCAAGAAUUUCACAAAUCCUGUCGAGCUGGUCUGUCUCAUUUCUUCCAGGGAAUAGAGGCUUCAAGGUAAAAACUUCAAAACUGAUGCAACCGAAAGCAUACAUAUCAACCGCCUUUCCAUAAUCUUUUGCUCUGAGUAAAAGCUCUGGUGCACGAUACCAACGGGUAGAUACAUACUCAGUCAAUGGAUCACUCGAAGUAGAAGAUCGGGCUAAUCCGAAGUCUGCAAUUUUGACACUAUACCUUGAAAACACUGGUCGAUCUGUAAGUUUCUUAACCAAAAUAUUCUCAGGCUUUACGUCUCUAUGCAUAAAUCCAUGCGUGUGUAUAUGCUCAAUUCCUCGAAUAAUCUGAUUUAGAAUAUGACACGCCGUGUACUUUGUGAAUGGUUUUCCUUGUCUUCGCUUCAGAAUUUGAUAUAGAUUUGCUUCCAUACACUCCAUUACUAAAUAGAUGUUUCUGUUAGGAUCCAUAAAUGUCUCCAAUAAGUCGAUUAGGCCUGGAUGUUUUGAUAUUUGUCGAAGUACCUAUACUGUUAGCAAUAUGUUUAACUCAUCAUUUCCUAAAGAUAAUAAAGUCAAGGAAAGGCUACAAUAAUCUUACCAACGACUCUCGAAGUUUCAGUAACUCAUGUUUCGGCUUUGGUUUAUUGCUGGUCUUCAGCUUCUUGACGGCAACCUAAAUGUUGUUAGAAAUAUCAAUUGGUUUUUUCUCAUACUAUUUGCCCGUGACCCUGCUUUCCUUUGCUUUUUGCCAGAUACACAGUGCCAAAGCUACCAUCUCCUAGCUUCUGCUUCACAUAAUAUCGGUCUUCGAAACGAAAUUCCUUCAAAUCUAACAGCGAAUAAGGAAUUUCUUUGCUCAUAUCCUAUUAUGAAUUGAAAAGAAAGCUGGUUUGCUUUGGUGAAGAGUCUUUUCUUGUUUGUUUAUUUUGUUUGUUUACAUUUUCGCAACUUCAUAGUAACGAAUUCAACAAUUUUAUUCUUUAUUUUACACAGAAA